UGUUGGGUGUGGACGAAGGCUGAAUUUCACGGAAAGAGGAGAAAAAAAAAGAAGCAGAAAAAAAAUCUAUCCAUAUAACAGUAAUAAUAACCACAUUAACCACCACAAUUAAUAUUAUUCGUCUCCUUUUUGUGUUUUUCUAAUUUUACUGCAGUCCAUGUCAGUCCGAGGGUUGCCUGUAACCAAGUUUUUGAACCAUCGUGUUGAAGAGCCUUGAAGGUGAAGAUCAGAGAGAAGAGUGUGUCCAUUCUGGAAGAGGGAGUUGGCGUUUGGUUCCCAAAUUAGGGGUUUUGCCUAGUCUAAAGACAACAAACAGCCUUCAAAAUGGUGCUUGAAGUGGUAUCCAACAUUAUGAAGUUCUAUGACUACCUCCUGAGGAGAACUGAUAUCCGGGUCAAGGACUAUCCACUGAUGCAGAGCCCUGUCCAGAUGACAGCCAUCUUGUUUGGCUAUCUCUUCCUUGUCCUCUAUGCUGGGCCUCGAUUCAUGGCCAACCGCAAACCUUUUCAGCUCACUUCAGCCAUGAUCAUCUAUAAUUUUUCCAUGGUGGCCUUGAACGCCUACAUUGUUUAUGAGUUCAUGAUGUCUGGAUGGGCUACAACUUAUACUUGGAGAUGUGACCUAUGUGACUAUUCAAACUCCCCUGAGGCACUUAGGAUGGUUCGAGUGGCCUGGAUGUUUUAUUUCUCAAAAUUUAUUGAACUCAUGGACACAGUGUUCUUUGUUCUGCGUAAGAAGCACAGCCAAAUUACAUUCCUACACAUCUUCCACCAUUCCUUCAUGCCUUGGACGUGGUGGUGGGGUAUCACUUUGGCACCUGCAGGGGGAAUGGGAUCCUUUCACGCAAUGGUAAAUGCUGCUGUCCAUGUCAUCAUGUACUUCUAUUAUGGCCUGUCUGCUGCUGGGCCCAGAUUCCAGAAGUUUCUCUGGUGGAAGAAAUACAUGACUGCAAUUCAGCUUAUCCAGUUUGUGUUGGUUUCAGUCCAUAUUUCCCAGUACUACUUUAUGGAGAAGUGUGACUAUCAGGUCCCCUUGUUCAUCCACCUUAUCUGGAUCUAUGGCACCUUCUUCUUUGUUCUCUUCUCCAAUUUCUGGAUCCAGGCCUAUGUGAGAGGCAAAAGGUUGCCAAAGCACUCGGAGAAGAGCAGCAUUAAUGGCGAUGCUACCAUCAUACCCAAUGGCAAGCACUUGGAGAAUGGAACGAUGGUCAACGGAAAUGGAAUUGCCCAAAAUGGCAAAGUGAAAGAAGUCUAGUCCCAAAAAUGGAAAAAAUUGAUGUUAAGAACCUCCACAAGCCCUAUGGAUUCUAAUAUAUUUGUUUUGCCCUGUUCAAAGGUUCUUUUUCAAAAAAUGCACAAGACAUGACCAUUGAAAUGGCCAUUGGAUUCAGUAAUUAGUUCCUGACUGUUAAAGGGGGAAAACAGUGGACCACGAUGUAUGAAGAGACCUCCUCCAAAGUCAUCUUUACUGCCUUUGUUGGGUUCCUAUUGAUACUCCUACCACCUUUGACCUUCCUUUUGGCAGGCAUGACCCCUGUGGCUGGAGAUCAGUGUUGGACAGUUCCUACUGAAACUUGAACACAAUUGUAAAUAAAAAGUUUCACAGUCAAAACAAGGGGGAUGGUAGUGAUUUCAGUGCUACUGUGUAAAUGCAAUAAUAAAAUAAACCCAAUUUUAAAGCAA